GUAAGUGAUUUAUGUAUGUCAAUUUUGUAUAUAAAUACCAUUUGUUGCAUUAUCUUUCUCGUCUUCUUUAAAUUUGAAGUACUAGUUUUAUGUGUGUGUUUUUGUGCUCUAUUAUUUAGAUUGGUUCUAUGAAUUUUUUUCGGAAAGGGUUGUUUGUUAGAUAAAUUUGAUGCCUGGUUUUUCUUAUGUAUCAAGAUGCAUUUUUGUCUGUAAAUCAAAGCUUUUUGUUCUUAAUCUCUGUUUUUGCCUCUUUUUGUGCCCUAAUAUAUUAGAUUGAUUUUAUUUUGUUUAACAGUAAGAACUUUUUAGGGGAAGGGUUUGUUUGUUAGAAUGAAUUGCUUUGUCAUAAAUUUCUGAAUAUGAAUAAUGCAUCAGCCUCAGUUAUUGUAGUAUCUAGUACUUUCUAUAGUUCUGUAAAUGGUUACUUUUAUAUUUAGGAAUGAUGUUUCUCUUUGCUACUCGUCUAUAUUUAUCGCUACUACUGCAAGAUGCCAUCGCUCAGCCUGAUUUUGGGGAGAUUUGGAUUUGUUAUUAUCAGGAUCUUUGGUUGCAGCACCGUCACUCCCUUUAACAAGAAACCUUGCAAUGCCGAUAUACAGAUUUCAGAGAAUUAACAUAAUUGGAUGUGUGCGAUUCAAGGCGCCUUGGUUGCAUUAUUGAUUCAUCUCGUCAUAUAAGGAAAAAGAAGAAGUUAGAGCAUCUUUUGUCACUGGUGAAGCAAAUCCCCUCUGUAUCGACGCGAGAUGCUUUUCGGCCUGCAAUGAAAGAACUAGUUGCCGAUGGACUUCUACGACAUUCUGACAUGGAUGUGAAGGUGUCAGUUGCAUCUUGCAUCAGUGAGAUCAUGAGAAUUACAGCUCCAGAUCAACCGUAUAAGGAUAGCAUACUUAAGGACUUUUUUGAGCUUGCAGUGUUGGCGUUUAGGAAAUUGUCUUGCUUGAAUGGUCGUUGUUAUUCAAAGGCUGUCUCAAUUAUUAAAGUUCUGGCAAAGUACCGAACAAGCGUGCUCAUGUUGGAUCUCAUGUUAGAUACAUUGAUUGUUCAUAUGUUUCAACAUUUUCUCAAUGGUAUAAGGCCCGAGCACCCUGAUAAAGUAUUCACGGACAUCAAGGAAAUAAUGACCAUGAUAAUAAAAGAGAGUGAAAACAUUCCAAUGCAAUUUCUGAGCAUCCUUGCGAACAUCCUCAUAAAUAGUGUUAAGAAGGAAAAUCAGAAUGUUUCGCCUCGUUCUUAUGUGCUGGGAGAGGAAGUUCUUCAAGAAAGUGCUGUCAAACUUCAUCCAUAUCUUCCAAAAGCAGUGGCGGCCCUCAACAUUUCCUUUAAAAACUAUUCCGAAGUUGUUGAAUUGACAUGGAGAGAGGCAAUGAAAUGUAAAGCUACGGUGGGUCUUGUGAAAAAUAAAGAUGAUUUUUUGAAGGCACUGGGUUUCGCCUCAAACACCAAAGAAAUCAAUUUCCCUAAAGCCUGUAAAAGACAACGUAAACAACGUAAAAGGAAGUACUUUCUGUCACAAGAAGAGGGGGAAGCAACUGAUGAUCCAACUCCUUCAACAAUGACCAUGCAACAUAAUUUAACUCCAAAAGGAGUGCACGAAAAUAAAGGGGUCAGGGUUGAUGUGCAUGGCUAUAAAGUAAAAGUGAGCAGUGGUCCCAUACUCACUGCCAUUUUUGCCAAGUAUGGUGACAUUGCAGUCAAUUGUCACUAUAAAUCAUUGGCUUUCAGAGCUUCCGUUCUUGAUAUAGUUUGUGAUGUUGUAAGGAGGCUGAAAACCGGUGACGUUGGCUCUACUUCGAUCAACGAUAUGAGAAUUUCGCUUUCUGCUGCAGCGAGGGUCAAACUUGAUGUAACUUGGCUGCAGCAGUGUCUGGAUCAGAUUUCAGAAGAGGGAGAUAUGGAGAAGAAAUUAUCGGAUUUGAUGGAGGUAAGACUACCAUGCUAGUGUCUAUAGUAGCUGAAAAGGACAUAUUAGAAAGGAAUAGGAAGGUCUUCGCUGCAGAGGAACGGCUCAAAAAAGGCUGAAAAGCGCUUGCAAGAGGCCCAAAGCCGAGCAGGACAGGUGGAAAGGUCUGUCAGAGUUCUUGAAACAGUGUGUGAAAAAGUUUAGCAGGACAUAAAGGAGGUUUAGGAUCAAGCACAGUAUCGAGUAAGUAGGUUAAAUAAGCUUUUGUAGAGCUGUUUUAUCCUUGCUACUUUUCUUGAACACUAUUGCCAAGUAAAUCUAUAACAUGUAUUAGAUGAACUUUUUAAGUUUGAUUUCUGGAAUGAUGUAUACAAGUAAAUCUAUAACAUGUAUUAGAUGAACUUUUUAAGUUUGAAUAUCCUCCUCCACCA